AUGCCUUCAUACAAGGAUUCUGCUGGCGAAGUCAAGCUCGCCCCUGGCGAACUCUACUGCCGCUGGGGUGGUAGAUCCAGCAGCAUCACGUGCACCAAGACGGAGCGGUUCUCGAGCGAGUCGAACCUCAAGAACCACAUCAAGAAGCACAAGCUCGACGGGGUCCCGGCCAAGGUUAAGAGCCGCAAGUCCGGCGCGAACUCCGUCGAGGAGAACGAUGAUGCAGCUGAAUUCUACGACCGCAUCCACGGCAUCGCCAUCGGCGCUCGCGAUGACAGCGAGCUGCAGACUCCUUCCAAGAAACGGAAGGCGCAGACCCCUCCCCCCCUUCUUGCCGUGCCCACGCGCAAGCGGGGCAACCAAACUGUGAUCAACUUCGCCGAAAUGCGUCGCGCCGCCGGCUUCCCUGCCAAGGGCAAGUGCACCUACUGCACCACUGCCCGCAAUGCUAAAUGUCCUCCCGCCCUUCGCGAUCAGGAAUGUGAGGUCUGGGCCCGCUUUGAGGAUGAUGAAGAAGAUGAGGCCUGA